UGCUGAUGAUGGAGUGUUUUCGCUCGCGGUGCUGGAGUUGUGAUGGGUCUUCUGGAGUUCGUAUCUGAUCGUCAUGCUUCCCGGGGUCCUUUACUCGCUGCUGGCGGGUUUUCUCGGCGCGGUCGCGUCUUCCUCCGCCAAACUGUCGCUCGGCACCGACUACCUGAAGGGCGUCUGUGAGACGGGACUGCGCACCUGGGGCGAGCAGAGGAGAUUCACGCACCACCACGACACGAGCGCCUGCGACUGGCUGCACAUCCCUCUCCGACUUCUGUGUGGAGGUCUGCUGUUCACCUGCAACGCUGUGAUGUGGACGUUCCUGGCCAAAGCUCUCCGCAGCUCGUGCUCGUCCACCCGCACCACUGUGACCACCACCGCCUCCAACUUCAUCUCCUCUGCAUUUCUGGGGCAGCUAAUAUUCGGGGAGACGCACAUGGCCCUGUGGUGGGUGGGCAUCUCUCUUACUCUCUCUGGUCUUCUGGUGCUUCAUCACACGUCGCCCAACCUCACCCAAUCACACGACAGCAAGAGAGAAUGAUGUCACGGCGCGUUAACAUUGUUAGAUGAGUUCAGUGUGUUUAAUAAACAUAUCAGAGCCAGGACCACAAAACCAUUAUAGUCAUAAGGGUCAAUUUUACAUUGAUGUAUGUUUUUUUAUGACAAUAUUUAGCUGAGAUAAAACUAUUUGAAAAUCUGGAAUCUGAGGGUGCAAAAUAAAUAAAUAAUUAAGAAAAUCACCUUUAAAGUUGUCCAAAUAAAGUUCUAAGCCAUGCAUAUUACUAAUCAAAAAUUAUGUUUUGAUAUAUUUACAGUAGGAAAUUUACAAAAUAUCUUCAUGGAACAUGAUCUUUACUUAAUAUUCUAAUGAUUGUUGGCAUUAAAGGAAAAUCUAUAAUUUUGACCCACACAAUGCAUUUUUGGCUAUUGAUACAAAUAUACCCCUUAAGACUUCAGACUGGUUUUGUGCAUUAAUAUAAAACAUUAAUAUCAUUGCUUUUCGAACUUUUUAGUAGUUUUCGUUAAUAUUUUGAAAUUCGAGUUUAUUUUCAUAUUUUCGGUUUCCAUUUUAAUUUUAGUUAAAAAUUAAUUUAUUUUAAAUAUGUAUAUUUUUAUUCAUUUUUAUUUAUUUUGCUACUUCAGAUUAAACUAAAUGAAAAUGGAAAAUGAUGCGUUGGCGACUAGCUGAAAUAAAAUAAGCUUAUGUUUGAAUGGUAAAUGGAUUUAGUUAGCUAACCAUGUUUGACUAACAAACAGAUAAAUAAACAAACCAAUAAAUACUUAAAUCAAUAAUAAAUAAUCAAACAAAUACAUAAAUUGAAUUAAAUAAAGUAGUUUUUCACUCUCUGGCCCACAUUUCCAUUUCUAGUUGCAGCAAGUGAUCCUUCAAUCUGACUAUUGUUAUGUUUCAUGCCCACUAUGACAUCACUUCCUUCCAUCUCCAGAGGGUCAGAUAUCGAUUAAAGCUGUGGUUCCUGCAUGCGUUUCCUCCCUUCUCCUGCAGCACUGUGAGCACGACGUGCAAUAAUAACACCAAACCUCUCCAAAUGUUGGCAUUGUACGUUCUCUACCAGAAGCUGCUUUUCCCAAAUAUGCCACAUGACUUAUGCAUGCAAACAUCCAGUGAUGUGAGAGCAAAGACACUUUCUGUAGCUGUAAGAAUGAACACAAACCGAAACCUGUUCUUCAGCCCCACACACGGAAACUUUCCAGGAUGAUGCAAUGCUGGAAAACAAAACAGUUGGUACUCCGUAUUUAACUUUAAGAAAGAUCAUUUAGCUUGUUUGUAAAAAUGUGCACUAUAAGAUCAGUAGCAUGUAUGAAGAAAGAAAGCACCUGGAGUCGGGUUUGAUUUCAUGUUGACUUUCUGCAACAUUGUAGCUCUUUUCCAAACCACCUGGAGCAGGUAGAAACCCUGUUAAAGCACCUGGUUUAUCUGGAUCUUCCAGGACACUUGAGCAGGUUUAGGUCAUUAUUGGAAGGGGCUCAAGGGCGAGGUCAAGGUCUUGUACUUCCUGUGAAUUAUUCUAGUUCUUCCUGUGUUAUGGGUCUCGAUUGAGCGCAUGAACCAGACAGAGACUCAGAGCAGCUUAAUAUGGUAGAUAUUAAUAAAAUAAAAAUGGACCAAAUGCAUUACACAUGUCCACUCGUCCCUGGCAAUGUGAUGCCGUCUGUGUUUAAUGUUGAGAACCUGCAUCCCGCUGUGUUUAUUUAGAAAUAUAAUCACCUGCAAAUAAUGUUUGAGUUUGUCAGAAUUCAUCUGUUGAGGAAUAUACGUUAACUUUCUGUCAACAAACCUCUGAACAAUGAAACUAAAUUUACACUUAAUAACUGCUGUUACCAUAGAAUGUAGUGUGUUGAAAUGUUAAUUAUCAAAGUAUGAAUUAUUUGCCUUUUAUGUGGGCAUUCCUUUUGUGUCUUUAUGAUUAAAAGGAAACAGUUAAGCCCAAAAUAGAAAUGUGCUAAAAAUGUACAGGCCAUCCGAGAUUUGGAUUGUUUGUUUCUUCAUGGUCAAAGAUUUGGAGAAAUGCAGCAUUGCAUCACUUGUUCACCAAUGGAUCCUCUGCAGUGAAUGGGUGCCGUCACAGCUGAUAAAAACAUCACAAUAAUCCACAAGUAAUCCACACCACUCAAGUCCAGCAAUGACUUGUGAAGCCAAAAGCGACAUGUUUGUAAGAAACCCGUCCAUCAAGAAAUUUUAACCAUUGCUUCUUGUUAAAUUAUGAGUCCAUAAUCCAUAAUAACACUUCCUCCAGUGUUCAUAUAGUCCAUCCUGUUGUUUCUCACAUCAAAAUCCACCCACAUAUUUGUUCAGAACUGUUUUGGUUGUAAACAGUGCUUAACAUGGAUAUAACUAAAUUAAAAUAACUUUUCCUCUGGAAAACCAAUUAUUAUGGAUAGAAGAAUUGUAUUUUAGCAAUUAGCUGAAGUUUAAAUGUCUCGAUGGAUUUGUUUCUUAGAAACACACCAUUUUUCUCUUACAUGGAUGAACUGGAGUGCUGGGGAUUAUUGUGAUGCUUUUAUCAGCUGUUUAGACUCAUUCUGACGGCACCCAUCCACUGCUGAGCAAAUGAUGCAAUGCUACAUUUCUACAAAUCUGAUCUGAUAAAGAAACAAACUCAAUGGCCUGAGGGUGAGUAGAUUUUCAGGAAUUGUCAUUUUUGUCUGAACUAUUACUAGAACAAAUGCAUUUAUUUCUAUUUAGCACCAAAUAAGUAAAUAUUAUGCAUUGGGGGCCAGUUUGUACAUUUUUGACUUGGAUUUCAAAUUGCUAUGAUUUGUUACUCAAAGUAAAUGAAAAGAUCAAUUAAAGAAAUUCAACCACCAUGUUAUAAUAAUAUCUGUCUCAUUCAUGUACAGUAGCAAAUGUCAUCCACUUAUGUAACUGUCACUGUAUAAAUAACAGGCCACAUUUAUACAUG